AUGCUUUACCUUGCAUUAUGUGUGAAUCAAUCUCACCAGCGGAUUCUUUCUCAAAAGCAUGAUGCUAAAAAAAUUGAUGAACAAUUUCUUCAUCAAAAGCAGAAUGUUAUCGUCUCAAAAGAUUAUGAAUUAAUUAAUCUUGUUAAAGUUACAGGUCCUGAAAGUAUCGCGUUUGACUGUAAAGGCGAAGGGCCAUACGUUGGAGUAUCUGAUGGUCGGAUACUUAAAUGGCAUGGACCAAAACUUGGCUGGAAAGAGUUUGCUAUUCCUUCAUCAAUUAGGAGAAGAGAGUUGUGCGAUGGGUCUACAAAUCCUAAUCUUGAACCAAUAUGUGGAAGGCCACUGGGCUUAAAAUUUAACCCAGUAACUUGUGAUCUCUAUAUCGGUGAUGCUUAUUUUGGUCUUCUCAUGAUUGGACCUAAUGGUGGCAUAGCACAAACUCUUGUUAGCUCAGUUAAAAGAAUCCCGUUUAAGUUUAUAAAUGGGUUAGAUAUUGAUAGUAGUACAGGAGUUAUUUAUUUUACAGAUAGUAGUACUACUUUUCAGAGAAGGUAUGCGGAUUUUUUGUCCAAAUCAACUGAUAAUAGCGGAAGGUUAUUAAAAUAUGAUCUACAUACAAAAAAUACAUCUGUUAUCUAUACAGGUUUGAUGUUUCCAAAUGGAGUAGCUUUGAACAAAAAUCAUUCUUUUCUUUUGGUGGCGGAAACAACACGAAGAAGAAUAUUGAAGUUCUAUCUUGGAGCAAAUAAUUUAGAGCCCGAAGUGUUUGCUAAGUUACCUAGAGUUCCUGAUAAUAUUAAGAUGAAUGAUAAAGGAGAGUUCUGGGUAGCUUUAAACGCAGGAAGGCUUGGAAAGAUCGAUGAUGAUGUUCCGGAUCCCAUAGGAAUUAAAUACGAUCAAGAAGGAAGAAUUUUAAAACAACUGGACGGAAAUAAUGAAGAUGUAUUUAGUUCUAUUAGAGGUUAACCGAACUUUAUAUAUUGGUUCAGUUACAAAACCUUAUGUUACUAUUUUAAAUUUUUAAGUUCUCGUUUUAUUAGUGAUAUUAGUGAGGUUAAUUGAAUAUUGAU